AUGGGUCGAUUUCGCCUAGAAGACACCGCAAUUACAAUAUUCUUCUCAUCUAUCGCACUCGUCACUCUAUUAUGGCUCGUGUAUCCAUUGGCUCUUCUUCUUAUACCAAUCACUAUUUCGGUAUUUCUGUACGCCACAAAGAAUGAAAAAUGUUCAAGUGAAAAUGUUAACACGUUUUUCAAAGGAUUCAAAAUUGGUGGCCACCGCGGGGCUCCUCAUAGCUUCCCGGAAAACAGUUUGGCCGGAUUUGAGCAGGCAAAAAACGAUGGUGCCGAUCUGAUCGAAUUCGAUGUCGCACUAACGCAAGACGGUAAAGCGGUGCUGAUGCAUGAUGAUGAUCUUGACAGAACCACAAACUCGUCGGGACCAAUUCGCGACAAAACGCGAGCGCAAUUAAACGACGUGAACAUUUCUGCAAAGUUUGUGAGAAGCGCGCCAGGGGACCAAGGCCGUUUGACACCGGUGAAAACGGAAAGGGUUCCCGACAUGGAAGACGUCGUGAAAUGGGCCAUCGAGAACAAUAUGCGAAUGCUUUUUGACGUCAAAGAUUCAGACACGGAGCUCGUCGAUCAGAUUUCGCAUCUCUUCAAGAAAUACAAUCUGUAUGAUAAGGCGAUUGUGUGCAGUUUUUUGCCAUGGGUUGUCUAUCUCAUUAAACGCGGAGAUCAAAAGAUUCUGACAGGGCUCACGUGGCGUCUCAAAUUCUGGUCCUACCACGAUAUCGAGAACACGAAACCGCGAUAUACGGGAUUCAAGCAAUGGUUGUUCGAAAUGAUCGAUGUUCUUCAUGUUUUCCUUUUGCAACGAAUUACUCCGUGGUAUCUUGGAGCAGAUUUGCUGCUCACUAACAAUUUGGAUAUUUCACAAGCAUUGAUUCUCGAUCAACGUCGCCGUGGCAUGCGUGUUGCCGUCUGGACAGUCAACGACAUGGCCGAAAUGCACUGGAUGCUUCAGACGCUCAAAAUUCCGAUUCUCACCGAUUUUCCCGAGCUCACCAAAAACGCGGCGCACAUGGAAAAUGUUCAGAAACACGGCUAUCUGCCAAUGUAA